AACGCGUGCCUCGCGCUGGCGACGACGCUCAGGGACCUUCCACCGCUCAUCGUGCGCUCCCUAUACUAUGCCCACAUUGACCAUCACCUCAUUGCAGGCGCUGCGCUCGACCCGGUUGCGCGGCCCAGUGACCUCGCGGAGCUCAAUGCAGUCCUCCACACGUUCCUGUGCAGGACCCUCGGACUGUCCAACGUAUCCCCGCUGGUGCCCCUGUUCGUGUCGACCGGAAUCUUAAUCGCGGCGCGUUUCCUCCGGUCAGUGGCGCUGGGCCCCGCAGUACUGCCCAAGUUGGCGUUGGACACCGCACGCGAGCUCGCGAUUGCUGGCUCCCCCACCUGGUGGUCUGAUUUCCUGUGGUCGUUGCAUAGGCUGCCCACGGCGGUGAGUCCCGAGACGACUGAGCCUACUCCAGACAGAGCCUUGCAUGCUCACGUGGCAAUGACGAGCAGCGCGCGACUCCCCCUCUGCGGAACGGCGCCCUCUGAACCCACCUGUACGGACAACCCCCCACUCUCUGCCCUGUGCACCACCAAGCUGUACCUCUGUCUUCCCCGAUCGCAGCGCAUGACGAUUCUGCGUCUGCUAACGGCAUGCCACCCGUACAUGGUAGAAAAGGGACGGCAUAAGACGAAAAAGCGCCCGGACAUCAUCCCUUACCAUAGUCGGGUCUGUAGGUUCUGUGCCGAGGGGUGGGUGGAAACAGAGCGCCAUCUCUUACUGAGAUGU